AUAGCGGAAGUGCGUCAAACUGGGUUUCCUGUCAUUUUUAUUUUGGUUAAUUACUGAUACACUUGUUUAUUUUUCUUUAAGGAAAGCCUUCAGACAAGCUCAGCAUACUUUUAAUCUCAGAAACGGACAAAAGUGCGUCUUAUGGAGAUUCCACGAAUGUCACUGCAAGAGUUUUAUUUAGUUCGCUGUUUUGCAAGCUAGCUGACUAAGCUGUCACUUGAGCCGUUAGCCUCCUGGCCUAAUGGUCAGGUGUUAAUGCAAUUUACUGCAAACAGAAAAUACCGAAAUCGCUUUCGCCUGUAAAAUCGAGCGAAUGGAAUAUGUUUUUCUUGAACAGAUUAACUGAAUAGACGGUCAAAACGUUCAGGUUACUGCAAGUAUAGCCAGCUAGCUUGUGAAGCCGUUAUAGAGCUAACCCAGUUCAGGGAGUGUGCUCAUUUACUGCCUUGUAUUGCUUCUCAGAUUACCACAUCUCUUUCUUCUCAUUUAUAUUUUGCUCUAACUCGUAGUCUUUGGUUUUUAGAAUUGAUAUGGUAAGUUGGUUUAAACAACGUUAGCAAGGCUUGUCAACUUUUUGACAGCUGCCUUAAGUUUGUGUUUGUGAUGUGUCAUCCUGAAUCCGUCAAAUGUCUAAAUCGUGCUGUACCGCAAUACUAAGAAUGUUCUUUUUUCUGUUAUAUUUUUUAUCAUGGUUAAAUGAUUUCCAGACUAUCAGUUCUUGAAUUGUUUCUCACUCUGACUAUUCUAGUUGUGGUAAGGCCACUAAAAUCAGAAUUUAGUGGACUCAUUAGUGACUAAAAAUGCAGAUUGCUGAUAUUAAUAUUGUAACACAUUUCAACAGCUGGCACCGCCAAUUCCUACCAUCAUGCCGGCUCUUCUGGAGAGGCCCAAAUUGUCCAAUGCCAUGGCACGUGCCUUGCACAAGCACAUUAUGAGAGAGAGGGAGCGGAAAAGGCAAGAGGAAGAAGAGGUUGACAAAAUGAUGGAGCAGAAACUGAAAGAAGAGGAAGAGAGGAAGAGGAAGAAAGAGAUGGAGGAGAGAAUGUCCUUAGAGGAAACAAAAGAGCAGAUAAUGAAGAUGGGAGUGAAGCUGCAGGGUCUUCAAGAGGAGAAGCAUCAGCUUUUUCUGCAACUGAAGAAAGUCCUACAUGAGGAAGAGAAAAGACGAAGGAAAGAACAGAGUGACAUGACAACUCUGACUUCAGCAACAUACCAGCCAAACAUGGCUAUCCACUCUGGGCAGCACCUUCUCAGCAUGCAAGCGGGUCAGGUUAGUCAUGGGCGUCCAGGUGCUCUUCUUGGGGAACGCAGCAAACAGCUCUUCCAGUCUCCAGUCAUUCCUACGCGUCAUUUCCAGUCUCAGCCAGGAUUCAGUGCAGGUGGAACAGAGCACGGUCAGUAUUCUGGAGGCCAGCCGAGCCAUAGCCCGUAUGGAGUCACUCAGCCACAGCAUACAUCACCUUUUGCCUCCAGUCAGCCGGUGCCAGCUAACUAUGCUAGUGGUUCACAACUUAGAGGUGCAUCAGCAUUCCAGGCCAUGCAGUACCUGCCCCAUCAGCAGCAGGGCUAUGCGGUCCACAGUCAUUUCACCUCUCAGCCUGGUUACAUACCCAGUGCUGGGAUUCCCCUGCAGAAACAGUUGGAGCAUGCUAACCAGCAGUCGGGUUUCACAGACUCGAGUCCAUUGAGGCCCAUGCAUCCGCAGGCUCUGCAUGUCAGUGCUGCAGGUUUGCUGCCUACUCCCUCUAUUGCUGUCCAGAUCCCUCCUGGCAAGUCUGGCUUACCAUACGCACACCCGCCAAGGCCAGCUUCCCCUGGAGCAUUCACGCAUGGAACACCCUCACAACAAGCACACACAGCUACAUUUCAAAGCUCUUCUCAGCCAGCCCCUCGCCACACCUACCUUUCUCACAGCCAAUCAGGGCAGAGGUUUUACCACCAUGGCAAAUAGCUCUUCAUUUCAGUCUAACGCAGAAAGUUAGGGUUUGAAUAUUAGAUUCCCCAGGCUUUUAGGUUAAAGCUACACAAUGCACACAAUGCUUGGCAUCAUAGUGUUAUGACGUAGAACACAUGACUGCGUUACUGUCACAUGCAAGUCAUUUUCUGUUAUUCUUCAGCUGGUAGACCUCCCUUUGCAACAGGGUAUGCCAUUUAUUUCAGUACUUCAGUGGGAUGUUUUCUUUCAUGCAUUUUAAGACGUCGGCAACAGCUGUGCCAACAUUAGUAACCUUGAAAUACUACCACUAAAUGACGCAACUAGAUUUAAAUGUGGUUUUAAAACUAACUAAACAGUGUAGGAACAGAUUUGACUCCAUUUCCGUAUGUUCUGUAACAGACCUCCCACUCAGGGCCGUCUAUAACUUACAUUAACGUUGAUGAAUGCACCUUUUCCCUAAUUCAGAGAACAGGGAAAUAAUAUUUUCAUAUGAUUUUAAAUUGUAAAUGUAAUGUUUUUAGCCAACCAACUGAAUUUCACAAAAUUGCACUUAAAAGCAAAUUUUAUGAAUAAUCUGUUUAAAAGAGCUUGUUAAAACGGUAAUAAAUAGUUGUGUAGAAAACUU